AUGGAAGUUGUUCAACCCACUCGGCAACUAUUCGAAUUGCUGGGCAGCAAAAGUGAAGUGUUGAAAAUAUUCAAUUGCUCCAUGCCAACGUUUUAUCUGCCAACAACGAUAGUAAAAUUAUUUGUCGCCGAUAGUUUAAUGGAAGAAUUCGAUAUCGCUGAGAGUGAGCACAACAAAAUUGAUGAAAUCAACCUGAAAAAUGUAACCAUUAAAAAGCUUCCUAACAACAUGCACAUUCUGCAACAUUUGAUAACGAUCGAUUUUAAAAACGUUGAUACAGAAACAGCAAGGCUGAGUGAUUUCAAUGAUGUUCAAACUAAAUUUCUAAGGCUUGAUGCGGUUUCACGAAACUUUGAAAGCUCUUUAAUUUCGAACAACUUUCUGGAGCUUUUGAAGUUGAGCAAUUUCAACCAUUCAAACAUAGACGUAGGCAAUUGGAUUUUGCCCAAAUUGAAACAUCUGAUACUGAGUGACAACAAAUUGACAACCUUGCCCAGUAAUUGUCAUUCGAUAGCUCAUAUCCAGACUUUGAGCAUGGACAGCAACAUGUUCCAAGAGCUUGAAAUGAAUCAGUUCAGCAUUUUCACCCGAAUAAAGGAAAUCAAUAUGGGAAACAACCUGAUCGAGCGAAUCAUCGUCAGCGAAGGGCUAGAGUUGCCAUUGCUGGAAUCUUUGUGUUUCAAAAACAAUCUACUUACCGAUGUGAUGGCACUGGAACUUAUCUCUAUGCCAAACAUUGACCUUCUUGAUCUCACCAAGAACAGACUGCAGACCGUGGAUUUGAAGAUCGAAGUUCUGCAUACCCAGUCGUUCAUCCUUAUCGCUGGCAACCCGAUCGAUUGUGAGUGGGCCAAGGUGGAAGCAGCCCGGGAGGAUAGCGCUUUCAGUUUGAUGACUGUGGUGAUGCGAAGAGCCUGUUCUAUUGAUGAUUGA